GUUAGUCAUGUAUAUAAAUAAGUAAACGCAGUACUUAGAGGUCAUGAUUCGGCGCGUUGAAUUCGUCUCCACCAGUUGUGAAAGCGCAGCAACAGGAAGCCGGAAGACAGCAGUACUGAAGCACAGAGCACGCAGAGCCUGAUGAAGCUGCCUGGUCACCAUGACAACUUACCACUCCCCGCAGUCACUCAAUGACGGCGUUACCGUGGUAACCGUGGUCUGUAAGGCGCCGGUGGAAAAGUUGCAGUGCAGCACUAUCGUUGGAGCAUGUUGUGACCAGUCAAACCACGAGCCGACACUGGUUAAAGUGGGCAGGAUACGUCUUUUAAAAGGUUGAACGUAGCUAAUGGAGGUCCAGGGCAGGAUCUUCCGAUGGAACGGUAACUGUGCUGGCUCUGUUGGAGCAGGGGAGGGGCGUCUGAUUGCAGGCGAGGAGUAAAGAGAGAUUCCGCAGCCAAAGCUUAAUGGUGGAUUUAAUAGAUUUAAAGUAGGGCAAUCGCUGACAACGUGAAUGUCGAUGUCUUGUCGAAGGAGCUUGAAAGUUUAGCAGAGGACCAAUCUUUCUGAAAAAGUUGCAGACAGGUUGAGUAAUGACGCUGCGCUUGAACGGCGCUGUUGCUGGAUGGAACAGGAAACACAAACGUUGGAGCUCUUGAAGCCGAAAAGAGACGCUGUCUGAAAAGAAGGAUCACCUGAGCAGGUCUGUUGUUCUAAGUGAGGGGCCGUGCAAACGCUAUUGAUAUCUAUCAUGGGUUUAUUUGCGUACCUGAAGACUCAGUUUAUUCUGCACCUGCUUAUCAGCUUUGUGUUCAUAGUGAGUGGACUAAUUAUAAACUUCAUUCAGCUAUGCACACUGGUUCUCUGGCCAAUAAACAAACAGCUCUACCGCAGGGUCAACUGCCGCCUUUCCUAUUCAUUGUGGAGCCAGCUUGUGAUGUUGCUAGAGUGGUGGGCGGGUACAGAAUGCACUCUGUUUACAGACAAGGCCACUGUGGACAAGUUAGGGAAAGAGCAUGUCAUCGUCAUCCUUAAUCACAAUUAUGAAAUAGAUUUCCUCUGUGGAUGGACUAUUUGUGAGCGGUUUGGAGUUUUGGGGAGUUCAAAAGUCCUUGCAAAGCAUGAGUUGUUGAAAGUGCCACUAAUUGGGUGGACCUGGUACUUCUUGGAAAUAGUUUUCUGUAAAAGGAGAUGGGAAGAAGACAAAGACACUGUCAUCCAGGGACUCAAAAACCUCUCAGACUAUCCUGAGUGCAUGUGGUUCCUCUUGUAUUGUGAAGGGACACGCUUUACAGAGAAAAAACACCAGAUCAGUAUGCAGGUCGCCGAAUCAAAGGGCCUUCCCAAGCUGAAGUAUCACUUACUGCCCAGAACAAAAGGAUUCACCACAACCAUGCAGUGUCUAAAAGGAACAGUUUCAGCUGUUUAUGAUGUGACCCUGAAUUUCAAAGACAAGAGGAAUCCCACCCUACUAGGCAUUCUACAUGGAAAGAAGUACGAGGCAGACAUGUCUGUCCGGAGGUUUCCAGUAGAAGACAUUCCCGAAGAUGAGAAAGAGUGUGCAAACUGGCUUCACAAACUCUAUCAGGAGAAGGAUGCUUUGCAGGAGCAUUAUGAGAAGGAUGGCUCUUUCCCUGGUCCACAGUUCAAACCCCCAAGGAGACCAUGGACUCUACUAAAUUUUUUCUUCUGGGCCACAGUUUUGCUUUCCCCACUUAUCAGCUUUGCUUUUGGUGUAUUUGUAAGCGGCUCCCCCCUCCUUAUCAUCGGGUUUCUGCUGUUUAUUGGAAUAGCAUGCUUUGCUGUCAGGCGGCUAAUAGGAGUGACUGAAAUUGGAAAGGGCUCCAGUUACGGGAACCAGGAAUUCAAGAAAAAGAAUUAAUUUUCUGCCUCUAGUUAAAACAAAAUGUCCAAUGACCUUCACUGGGGGGCGGGGCGGGGCGGGGCGGGGGGGGGGGGGGGGGGACAACAUCUAAAAUCACCAGAAAUACCGUCCGAAGAAACCAACUAAGGAGUGUAACCAGGUUGGAACGCCUGACAGCCAGUUUGAUUUCAGGUCAAAAGAAAACAACACCAACAAAAAAUGAUUGUCUUUUUUAAACCCAUUUAAUCGAAUUUGUAUUCCAAAUCUAAACUUAAAUACUGGAUGUAGGGUUCUGUUUUAAUUGUUAUAACCGAAUAAUGUAAAAUGUUGUCAGUUAGAUUUUUUUUAAUCACCCAGAGUGACUCUUUCUGUGGAAAAUGAAAGGCUUCUAUCCUUUUAAAGUGUGGUGUAAAGCUGGAUCUGGUCAAGUACAGGGGCACAAUAAAGGUAUUUCUGAAUACUCAGACAGCUUAUCAUUAAGAGAGAGAGAGAAAAUGUGUGUUCCUUACGGUUCUGUUACUGCAUUGAUACUUAGGAACACAUUGCUUUACUUUUUCAUGUUCAAGAACAAAUAUCCUCUGUCCUUUUUACUAAAUUAACAUGUUUCUGUCUGUGACUUGAGAGUCAUUAAAAAUAUAUCUCUUUGUUGUCAUUAAACCAAACCCUAAGCCAAACAUAAUGUGGUUGUCCUUGGAUUACUUCUCACUCUAAGGUUUAAAUCUAUGGUAAAGACAAAUAUAUCUGUUGUUUUGGAUAAAAAUGGUUAAAUUUUAGAUAAAAUGUAGGGUUGCAUUUAACAUACACCCUGGCUACGUGCCAGCAUUGGAGAUAAGUAGUGGUUUGCCUGUGGAUUCUUUAAUAUAGUUGGUAGUAAGCCUCUCUCCUGCUAGCCCUAUGGCUGUAAUGAUCAUUGAUUCAAGCCCAAGUUUGGCUAGCCUUUUCCCAGUGUCUUGUAUUAGACUUGCAUCCAGACUGAGACAGCCCCUGCCAGGUAUAGAACUCCAUGGCAUCCCUAUGUGGCCAUGGUCACUUAUACAUUUGGGUGGUAUUCCUCUAGUGCUCAGAAAUCCAAAUAAAAAAUUCACAAAGCUCCCAAUUUAUCAUUUAGCCAUUUGCAUCUAUAUUUGACAUAGAAACCCUUCAUUUGUACACAGAAUGGUCAUGUUUGUGUGAAGACUUACAUUGGCAUAGGAACGUUACAACUCUUUAAACACAUUAAAAACUCACUGGGUCUGAUUUUUCCAGCUCUGAGGCAUUUUUGUAAAUUUGUCCACAGUUGAAUCUAUAGUCCUGGCCCUUGUAUCCAGCACAGAAUCUUCAGGUUUAAAUUUGUGCAUGGAAUAAAAUGUUUUCAGAAGCCUGUUGAUAAACAGAAACUAAUCUUGCCGACUGCUGACACAUUAAAUGUGAAAUGGAAAUCUGCAGAAAUGGUGUUAACUCCAAAGCCAGAGUGUGAUGUGUAUCCCCAGUAGUGUAAAAUAUUGUAGCUAAAUAAUUGUCAGUAAUAAAAGCAAAAUUGAAAAUA